AUGUCAGAGUCCAAGCUCAAAGUCCUGUUGUUCGAUAUAGGGGGUGUUUGUGUCGUUUCUCCUUUCCAAGCAAUCCUCGACUAUGAAUUAAGCCUGGGGAUCCCUCCAGGGUGGGUCAACUAUUCGAUAUCCAGGACUGCUCCCAAUGGCUUCUGGCAUCGUUUGGAAAAAGGAGAAAUCGAGAUGAAUGAAGAGUUCUUCAGGGGCUUCAGCCAAGACCUUCAUGAUACCGUCAGAUGGGAAACCUUCUAUGAGCGAGAGCAAAGCAAAAACCCCAGUCUCCCAAAGGAAACCCCUCCCGUUCCCUCAAUCGAUGCAGAAUGGCUUUUCAACGAGAUGAUGACCGUUUCUAACAGCCCUGACCCAUGGAUGUUCCCAGCAUUGAGAAAGUUGAAGGAGGAUAGGCGAUUCAUUCUCGCAGCGCUGAGCAAUACCGUCAUCUUUCCGCCAGGGCAUAAGCUCCACCUGGACCAUUUCUUUGACGAGCCUGUGCGGCAGAUAUUUGAUGUCUUCAUUUCUUCCGCCCAUGUUGGAAUGCGAAAGCCAGAUCCGGCCAUUUAUAAGCUGGCGCUCGACCGAGUAAACGAAUUCGCGAAAGCCAAUGCUCUUUCAGCUCGGGGGAAAAGCUUGAACUGGGAGGCUGGUAUCAAGGCAGAGGAAGUAAUUUUUCUCGAUGACAUCGGGGAGAAUUUGAAGGAGGCACGCAGGCAAGGACUGCGAACAAUAAAGGUGAACCUUGGUCGUGCAUUCGAGGCCGUGGAUGAGCUGGAGAGAGUGACUGGGUUGAAGCUCGCUGGUGAUCAUCCAAGGAUAUCCAUCCGAGGGAAGGCUCAGAAAGUUAAGGCAAAAAUGUGA